CGUCGCAGUCCGAUGACGACACGUUUCGGUUGUAAACAUGGAGGAGAGAGAAGCGCUGAAGAGGCAAAUUGAACUUCUGCAAAAUCUCAUCAAUACGCACAAGAGUGUCCAUGGCGACACCCCGUUUGCAAGAGAUGAGUGGAGUCAUCCGGAAGCUCCAACGUCAGCCAGAGGCAGAGGCCACAGCACAUCUGUGGUCCAUCCUCACAGCUCCAGAGGGGGACUGUACGCUCCUCAGAGCCGUGGAAGUUGGAGGAAAACAUACUCGCUGAGCAACAAGAACCCACAGCCGUCUGUUGGACAUCCCUCGGCUUCAGCUUCCUCUACUGUACAUCAGUCCGGUUCCCACCGUGCACCUCACAGCACCUCACUGCCCAGCCACAGCAGAGGAGAGGAGGGGCAAAGAAUCGUGACUGCCACCUUAUCAUCAGGGAUCCCUCAACAAAAGGAAGAGCGACCUAUGAACAGUAUCACAGGGGGAGUCGCAGCUGAGAAAAGAAACACGGAUACUCUCAGAAAAACCGGAGCAGCUGUGUCUCUGCAUGAAGACGGAAAUGGAUGUUCAAGAUCAACGGGCACUAGUGAGCAACGCGAAACGAUGCACAGACAGACUCCAGGUCUGCAGGAGAGGACUGAAAUCAGGCGUGUGGUGCUGCCAGAAAAGAGUUCUUCAGAAGUGGCGUCCUCGGUUAAGGCCAACGUGUCGACCAGUUUGCAGAGCAUCCCUCAAGCGCGGAUCAAACCUACCAAGACAUGCGUGACCAGCACCGAGAGCAAACCAACUGUUACAAAGACAACUCCAGCAGUUCCCAAUGCUAACACCGUCCCACCUCUCGCUGCUCUGCCUAAUGUAUCAAAACAUUCCAUCGACCCCGCAUCUCCCGCCAGCCAGGGCCAAGUCAAUGCUUCUUUUUUGAAGAAAUCGAAGUUCACUUGGGUAAAGAGCCAGAAACAAGCCAGCUCCAGUUCCUCACCCACAGGCAAAGCUGUGGCUGUUGCCCUGACUUCAGUCUCCAAAGCUGGAGUUGCCAGUGGAAGCUCCCCUUUAUUCACAGGGAAGAGAACGCCCGGCAAGAAGUUCCCUCGGAAGCUAAGCCCACUCAAUGCAGCCCCCAAGACUUCCAAGUACAGAUGGGUCUCCAUCUCCGCUGGAGCCCAAGCUAAAAUACCUCGAAAGUCCAUAUCGCCCAAAGCCCUGACCCUUUCCCAAAGAGCUCUGGAGAAGGGAGAGGUUCCCAAGAAACUCCGAGCAGAAGACAAGAUGAAAAAGGGAGCCGCGGGUUCCUCGACCAGCUCCUCACCGGUUAGCCGGUACCGCUGGAAGGCUGGAGGUCAGAGUACCUCUGGGGCAGCGAUAGGAGGGGCCACGGUUGCCCGUCGUAGGUCUGCCUUCCACUGGACGUCAGAGAGAAGCAACAAAGGAGUGAAAGGAGUUUCCCCAUCCGUAAGCCAACGUUUCCCACGUACCUACCUGAUGCCGCCCUCCUCCCCCGCUGGGUUCAAGCUCCGCAGCAGGAUGAAAAUCAUCAGGAAGUCUCCUACUGGUGGAAGCGGGUCAGAGAUGAAGUACUCCCCGCGGGGCCGCAUGCACAGCUCGAGCAGGAGUCCCGCCGGAGCGAGGAGGACACCCUCCAGGGAGCUGGUGUCUUUUGGCCGACACAAGCUGAGGCGUCUUUCUCCCACCUCAUCGAGGACAAGUAAGAAGCUCACACUUCAGACAGCACUUCAUGAAGAGCAUGUAUUCUGUACACAGUUCUCUCUCUCUCUCU